ACCAGAUCUAGAUUCCACUUUCCCCUUUCCGAUCUUCACCCGUCCGUACGUACACGCCCUAAUCUCUCUCUCUCUCUCUCUCUCUAGAAGGAUGACGCAGCUGGCGGAGACGUACGCGUGCAUGCCCUCGACGGAGCGCGGCCGCGGGAUCCUCAUCGCCGGCAGCCCCAAGCCCGGGUCCAGCUCCGUCCUCUACGCCAACGGCCGGUCCGUCGUCAUCCUCAGCCUCGACAACCCCCUCGACGCCUCCGUCUACGCCGACCACGCCUACCCCGCCACCGUCGCCCGCUUCUCCCCCAACGGCGAGUGGAUCGCCUCCGCCGACGCCUCCGGCUCCGUCCGCGUCUGGGGCGCCCACGGCGACCACGUCCUCAAGAAGGAGUUCAAGGUCCUCUCCGGCCGGAUCGACGACCUCCAGUGGUCCCCCGACGGUCUCAGGAUCGUCGCUUCCGGCGAUGGGAAGGGGAAAUCCUUCGUCCGCGCGUUCAUGUGGGACUCAGGCACCAAUGUGGGAGAAUUCGAUGGCCAUUCACGUCGAGUUCUGAGCUGUGCAUUUAAACCAACUCGGCCCUUCCGCAUUGUGACUUGUGGAGAGGAUUUCUUGGUGAACUUUUACGAAGGACCGCCUUUUAAAUUCAAGCUGUCUCGCAGGGAUCAUUCCAACUUUGUCAACUGCGUGAGAUUUUCUCCAGAUGGCAACAGGUUCAUUAGCGUGAGCUCUGAUAAAAAAGGAAUCAUCUAUGAUGGUAAGACUGGCGAGAAGAUAGGAGAGCUGUCGUCUGAUGAUGGUCACAAGGGUAGCAUUUAUGCUGUCAGUUGGAGUCCUGAUAGUAAGCAGGUUAUAACUGUGUCCGCUGACAAGUCAGCGAAGAUAUGGGACAUUUCUGAGGAUGGCAGUGGUAAGCUAACAAAAACAUUGACUUCUUCUGGUUCGGGCGGGGUUGAUGACAUGUUAGUUGGUUGUCUUUGGCAAAACAACCACCUAGUCACUGUCUCUCUUGGUGGCACAAUCAGCAUAUACACAGCAAGUGAUCUUGAUAAAGCACCAGUCUCCUUUUCUGGACACAUGAAGAAUGUCUCUUCCUUAUCUGUGCUCAAGGGUGAUCCGAAAGUGAUGCUCUCCAGUAGCUACGAUGGUCUUAUAAUAAAAUGGGUUCAAGGAAUUGGAUUUAGUGGCAGAGUACAGAGGAAAGAGACUACACAAAUCAAAUGUUUGGCUGCAGUAGAUGAGGAGAUUGUAACCUCUGGAUAUGAUAAUAAGGUAUGGAGAGUUUCUGGCCAUGCUAGUCAAAGUGGAGAUGCAGAAUUCAUUGACAUUGGCUGUCAACCCAAGGACUUGAGUCUUGCCCUUCAGUGUCCUGAAUUUGCAUUGGUUUCAACCGAUACAGGAGUUGUCUUGCUCCGCGGUGCAAAAGUUGUGUCAACCAUCAAUCUUGGGUUUGCUGUAACAGCAUCAACCGUUGCACCAGAUGGAACUGAAGCAAUUAUUGGCGCACAGGAUGGAAAAUUGCACAUAUAUUCUAUUUCAGGUGAUACAUUAACAGAGGAAGCUGUUCUGGAGAAACACAGAGGUGCUAUUAGUGUCAUACGCUAUUCGCCUGAUUUAUCCAUGUUUGCUUCUGGGGAUCUGAACAGAGAGGCUGUUGUUUGGGAUCGUGCCUCAAGAGAGGUUAGAGUGAAGAAUAUGUUGUACCACACAGCCCGCAUCAACUGUUUGGCUUGGUCACCCGAUAGCAGCAUAGUAGCAACUGGAUCACUUGACACUUGCAUCAUCAUCUAUGAAGUUGACAAGCCAGUAUCUAACCGUCUAACCAUAAAAGGAGCUCACUUGGGUGGAGUUUAUGGAUUAGCUUUCACCGACGACUUCAGUGUGGUUAGUUCUGGUGAGGAUGCGUGCAUUCGUGUAUGGAGGAUAAACAGACAGUGAUCUUGGGGAGAUUAUGUGAAAUUUCAGAGAUUGCAUCUACUUGAAGGGGAUUUGCUGUAAGAACUGGGAGGUAUAGCUUUCUGCUUUUUUCAGAAAGGAAGCUGCAAGCUUUCAAGUCCCAAUGUUGCAGCUUCGAAUUCUUGUGCUACUGUGGGGUCUCAAGAAUCUUGAGCAGUGGCGGAGCAGAAUUUUAUUCUCAUCUUACGCUGGUGUGGCCUGGUGGGUUUCGUCUAAGUUAAUUGUUCUUCCUUUUGAAGGCUGUUUUUGGCCGCGUCAACCGUAAGAAUCUGAGCUGCAGGAGUCACUGCCUCUUAUCUUUAAAUAGAGGUUUUUUCAUCAUUGAAGCUUGUGUUUGUUAGUGUUAUCAGAUAAACCUUUACUGUAUUUUCUCUUCUC